GUGUUGUCAGUUGAGCCCCCGCUCCGCGCUCCGCCGCGGCAGUCUGGCAGUCACAGCACCGCUCGCCGCAGAGCACGCCGACACCGCCGCGAUCCAGGUAGCGCAGAUCGCAGAGCAGCCUCCGUGGCGACGCAGCGACGCAGCGACGCACUUGGACUCGAGGCGCAACCGCUCCGGUUCGAUCCGCGGAUCCGCGAGGGGCGGCUAGCGAGCGCUAGCGAAGGACACGUUGGAGCUGUGCUGCGCCACCAUGUCGGACGAGAAGUUCGCCAACGCGGGCAAGGCGGCCGGCCUGCAGAUCUGGCGGGUGGAGAACUUCGACCUCAAGCCCGUCGCUGAAAAUGACUUCGGCAAGUUCUACGUCGGCGACUCGUACCUCGUGCUGUCGACCAAGAAGUGCGGCGGCCUGCUGGGCAUGGGCAGCUUCUCCUGGGACAUCCACUUCUGGCAGGGCCAGGAAACUUCACAGGACGAGGCCGGCGCCGUGGCCGUGUUCUCCGUGGAGCUGGACGACUACCUCGGCGGCGGCCCCAUCGAGCACCGGGAGGUGCAGGGCCACGAGACCGACCUCUUCCUCUCCUACUUCAAGUCCGGAAUCCGCUACCUGCCCGGCGGGGUGGCCACCGGCUUCAAGCACUUCGACCCCAACAACUGGGAGAACUGCCUGUACCAAGUGAAGGGCAAGCGCAACGUGCGAGUCAAGAAGGAAGACGUGGAGGCGCACAUCUCGGCCAUGAACCGCGGCGACUGCUUCAUCCUGGACGCCAACCACGACAUCUACGUGUACGUGGGCCGCGGCGCCAAGCGCAUGGAGCGCAUCCGCGCCAUCAGCGCCGCCAACAUGAUCCGCGACCAGGACCACGGCGGCCGCUCCCGGGUGCACAUCGUCGACGAGUUCAGCGACCAGGGCGAGGUGGACACGUUCUUCGAGAGGCUGGGCUCGGGCUCGGCCGACGAGGUGGCUGACGAGUCCUCCGGCGGCGAGGACGAGGAGUUCGAGAUCAAGGAGCAGGAGGACAUCUCCCUGUUCAAAGUGUGGGAGGACCCCAGCGGGAGGGUGACGGUGUCCAAGGUCGGCCAGUACCCGCUGCGGCACGCUCAGCUCGACAGCAACGUGAGUGGAGACUGCUUCGUGCUGGACGCGGGGACGGCGGGGCUGUUUGUUUGGAUCGGACGCAACUCCACUAAGAAUGAGAAGGUGCAGGCCAUGAACAAGGCGCAGGUCUUCCUGAAGGAGCACAAGAGGCCCUGGUGGAGCAAGAUCUCCCGCGUGGUGGAGGGCGCCGAGCCGGCCGCCUUCAAGCAGUACUUCGUGGACUGGAGAGACCAGAGCAUCCUGCCCAGCGCGCUCAACCACGUCUACUCGCCCAACCGGCUGAACGCCGUGAUGGAGGAGGCCGUGGAGCUGCCCGCCGACGACCUGCGGCGCCUGGUGAAGCAGCAGGGCCCCGCGGUGGGCUUCAUGCCCGACCAGGGCGCGGGCCACGUGGAGGUGUGGCGCAUCGAGGACUUCGAGCUGCAGCCCGUGCCCAAGGAGACGUACGGCCGCUUCUUCGGCGGCGACUCGUACGUCGUCAAGUACACUGGGACGGCGGGCGGCAAGGAGCGCCACGUCAUCUACUUCUGGCAGGGCGAGACCAGCUCGCAGGACGAGCGCGCCGCCGCCGCCAUGCAGGCCGUGCGCCUGGACGACGACCUGGGCGGCCGCGCCAUCCAGGUGCGCGUGGUGCAGGGCCACGAGCCUCGCCACUUCAUGUCCAUCUUCAAGGGCCGCAUGAUCGUCUUCCUGGGCGGCCACCACAGCGGCUUCCGCAACGCGAGCCGCGACAGCCGCGACGACGAGCACUACGGCGUCAACGGCGCGCGGCUGUUCCGCGUCCGCGGCACCUGCACGGACGACGUGCGCGUGCACCAGGUGCCCGCGCGCACCGAGAACCUCAACUCGGACGACGCCUUCGUGCUGGACACGGCCGGCGCGCUCUUCGUGUGGUUCGGCCAGGAGUCCAGCCCCGCGGAGCGCGAGGCCGCGCUGGCCGCGGCCAGGCUGGUGGCGCCGGGCAGGGAGCCGCAGCAGGUGCGCGAGGGCUCCGAGCCCGACGAGCUGUGGACCGCGCUGGGCGGCCCCGGCGAGUACACCUACGCGGGACACCACUCGCAGCACGCGCACAUGCCCGCCAGGCUGUUCCACUGCCAGAUCACGCUGCGGGGCAAGUUCCGCGUCAAUGAGGUCGACAACUACAGCCAGGAGGAUCUCGCCGAGGAUGACGUGAUGGUCCUGGACUCCGGUGACGAGGUGUACGUGUGGAUCGGUGACAAGUCGCACGCCAAGGAGAAGGAGCUCAGUUUGAAGAUGGCGGAGGAUUACUUGAAGAUGUCCCCGGUGCACCGGCACCGCGCCACCAUCAUCCAGAUCAAGCAGGGCGAGGAGCCGGCCGGGUUCACCACGCUGUUCCCCGAGUGGGACGAGGAGUACUGGCAGGUGCAGCCAUCAUAUGAUGACAUCAAGAGACAGAUCUCUGCCAACAACCCUGUUGGUCUGUCAAUUGACUAUGAUGAUACCGAUUACUAAGAAAAUUGUUAUAGAAAGGAAGUGGAGAAAACGAAUGCACAAUUUGACAGUCCAAACCUUAUAGCUCUAGUCUUUACCAAAUCGAAUUAUUAUUUUACACAUAAUAAACAUUUAUAAAAAGUUCUAUGUUUAAAAAUUUAAAUAUAUAUGCUUGUUAUUGAAUUUGAAUGAAUGCUUAUUACAUGUGUGAGUUGCAAUGUAAGACUGAAAGAACAAUGUAUACCCCACUUCCAUGGGAAAGGGUGGUAUAGACAAUCUUGAGAUGAUGCUCUUCUCAUGAAACGUCUAACGAGGUAUAUAAUAUUACAUAAUUAUUCCAAUCUUAUUACAUAACAUGUGCACAAGGUUGUAGCUUAAUCACUUAAGACAAUGUAUUUCAAUUCAACUAUUAAUAUCUAUUAGAAAGCCAAUUUCUUUACUGCUCUGUGCCACUGAAAAGUGAUAAAAUAAAUUUUGUUCCUAAACUA